CCGCACUCUGCUCAUCCGGGCGCACAGUCUCAGGCGGACACAGCGCAUCUGCAGGGAUGCUCCAAAUACGCGCUUUUAAUGUUGUUUUUUUUUUUUUUCUUUCUAAGCCCACAAGAGAAUUGUCACGAUGACUAAAACAUGCAUCCGCUUUUUUUUGCACCAGACACUAGAAGCUGUCUUGACCAAAUGGAGUAGGAUGAUGAGGUGAAAGUUGAAUUUUUUGUAAAUCGGUCCAACACGCACUAAUCCGGGACCACUGACUUCAAUGGGCAACGUGAUGUGAGAGAUUCGCACUUGUACAAGUUUGAGAUCCGAACCAAGCAAACGGAGAGGAUGUAUGUAGUCUGGAUAGUCCUCCUGUUAAUUGAGGAGGGAUUUGCACUUGCACAGAAAACCCGAGAUGGAGGAUCAAAAGGAGUUAGACCGUCUCAGCGACCGCAUUCUCAUCACUGUGGAAGCUGGAUACGAAACACAGAUGGUGGCACUUUCAGCUCCCCAAACUACCCAGAUACAUACCCUCCAAACAAGGAGUGUCUGUAUGUAUUAGAAGCCCUGCCCCGCCAGAGGAUAGAGCUGCUGUUUGACGACGCCUUCUUCAUAGAGUCGUCGUUCGAGUGUCGUUUUGACCACAUCGAAGUGCGAGACGGCCCCUUCAGCUUCUCGCCGCUCAUCAAUCGCUUCUGCGGCUCAUCCAGUCCUGGACUUGUCCACUCUAGUGGACGCUUUAUGUGGAUCCGCUUCUUCAGUGAUGAAGAACUGGAGGGAACCGGCUUCCGGGUCCAGUACCGCUUCACAGCAGAUCCUGAAUUUCACCUGCAUGUGGGAGGACUAUUAAACCCCAUCCCAGAGUGUCAGUUUGAGCUGUCUGGCGCCGAUGGUCUGAUCCGGUCCAGUCAAGUGGAUGAGGACUACAGAGUGAAGCCAGAUCAGGCAGUGGACUGCAUCUGGACCAUACGCGCUCCAACGAACAAUAGAAUUUACUUGCGCUUCCUGGAGUAUCAGAUGGAAAACUCAAAUGAAUGUAAGAAGAAUUUUGUGGCUGUUUAUGACGGCAGUAAUGCCAUUGAGGAUCUUAAGGCCAAGUUUUGUAGCACAGUAGCUAAUGACAUCAUGCUGGAAACUGGUGUUGGAGUAGUGAGGUUGUGGGCUGAUGAGACAAGCCGUCUCAGCCGCUUUCGGAUGCUGUUUACGUCUUUCUCUGACCCUCCUUGUAUGGGCAGUGCAUUUUUUUGCCACACUAACAUGUGCAUCAACACUUCACUGGUGUGCAACGGCGUACAAAACUGCGUCUUUCCUUGGGAUGAAAGUAACUGCAAAGAGAAAAAGACCAAAAGUGUUUUUCACCACAUCACAAAGACUCAUGGAACAGUAAUCUGCGUGUCUACUGGUGUGGUCCUGCUGCUUCUCAUUAUCUCCAUAUUAGUGCAGGUCAAACAGCCACGUAAAAAGGUGUUGGUGCGGAAGAACAACCUGUUCCAAAGGGGGGAACUCCAGGAGACGUUUGACCCUCCACAUUAUGAACUCUUUACUCUCAGAGAUAAGGAAAUGUCAGGGGACCUAGGGGAGUUAUCUGAGGAACUCCAGUCCCUUCAGGCCCUCAGGAGAUCCUCAUCAAGCUCACGCUGCAUUCAUGAACACCACUGCGGUUCUCAGGCCUCCAUCAACUCCAUGAAAGCCCUUCAAGGUGCACACAGCCUGGGUAGAGGAUCCAUGGAGCUCCCUCCUUUCAGAGGAGAUUUCCAGAGCACCUUACCUCCCCUCCGGGACUUGAACAGCAGUCUGCGGAAAAAGAGCUGGCCAAGUAUGAAACCAGGUAGAAUCCAGGGGCAUCAUUCUAUGGGGGAUAGGGCGCUUGGACGACAAGAUAGAGUGAUGGAAGAGGAGGAAGAGGAAGAAGAGGAUGGGAGGUAUGAUGUGUACGUGCGGAGAGCUGGAAGCAGAAGAGGACAUUUUGAAAUGGCUCAGCAAAGGUCCUUGUCCAUGGACUUCUGAAAAGAAACACCAGUGACACCAGGUUUAGCACAGUAGAAACUUUCAAUCAGUGCCACAAUUUCAAGGCGGAUUACCAUGGAUUUAAGGGAAAGUGAAAGUAGUGGGGAGACUAACUGAACUUCCAUAUAAUAAUCAUCAUCAUCAGUCUCAUUUUUUCUUGCCUUUCUUGAAGUGAAGUUCGAUCUUUUACAGAACAGAGCAUCAGGAGCUUAAUGAUGCUGCUCACAGGAAAACAAGGAUUAACGUGUCAGGAUAAAUGUAUUGUUCUUGUCAUUGUUCUUUGUAAAUACAUUUCACUGUAAAGCCAACAGAUUUUUGUUAAAAUAGACUUUAAAUAUUUUGAAGUAUUUCUUCUGAGAGGACAUUUGAACAAGCACACCCAGUUUAUCUGUAUAUAUAGUAUAAAAAAA